AUGGCCAACAAAUUGGCCACACCGGUGUACGGAAACUACCAUGGGUACUACAAUAAACGACCGUCCACACAGGAUCCUAGGUUGGAGUUGCUUCCGGCCGCCCUCUUUCGCGGACAGCGAGUUCUGGACGUCGGCUGCAACGAAGGCUGGGUGACCUGCGAGAUCGCACAGACGCUAGACGCGAAACGGGUGGUGGGCGUCGAUAUCGACGACACACUCGUCCGAGCGGCAUGGAAGCACCGGCGGUCCGUCUGGAGCCAGCAGGGCCCCGGCGCAGACUCACUCGAAACACCAUCAUCGGACGAUACUACUCACGGUGGGAGGAAGCGGCGGCGACUGUCCCAGUCGGAAGACGAGGCGGGCUUCACGAUUGCCUCGCAAGGGGCUCCUGAUUACUUCCCCGCGUCCUGCGAGCAUAUGUUCGGGGCGCUGCCCAUCCCCGCAGCGGCGCCACACGAGAAGGCGGCGGACGUCUUCCCACACAACGUGGCGUUCAGAGCGGCGGACUGGGUCAACAGCGGAAUACCGGAUGAUGCAGAGGGCUACGACGUAGUCAUCGCGUUCUCGAUAUCUAAAUGGAUUCACUUAAACUGUGGAGACGAGGGGCUCCUCGAGUUCUUCCGGCGCGUUCACCAAGUGCUCUCGCCAGGAGGCGUGUUCGUGUUAGAGCCCCAGGAAUGGGACACGUACGGCAAGGCGAGGCGCAUGGACCCUAAACUCAAAGAGAAUGCGAAGAGUCUAAAGUUGCGUCCAGAGGACUUCGAGCGGCUGCUGCAGGACAUCGGGUUUGGACCAGCUGAACAUCUAGGAUCGGCCGGUGAAGGUGGUAAGCUAUGCAUUUGA